AUUUUUCAGAUGACAAACUUUGUUUCAUUGAUUACUACAUAUAGUUCAUAACGACUGUCAGUUUUGUCAUGACUAUAGACUAGAUUUAUAUUCAACAUGACCGUCCUCACUAUCGCUGUAUACUUAUCUCUAUCACUGUGUUUUACGUCAGCAACUUGGUCAGAACCUACGUCAUAUUAUCAAAAUGGUGACGUCAUCAUAGCGGGGAUGUUCCCUCUCCAUUUCAGCAUCCAUAGAGAAGAUGAUUACAGUCUCCAAUCCGAACCUACAGUUCCAGUUUGCACGAAUUAUUUCUUCCGCGGAUUCAGAUGGAUGCAAGCUUUAUUGUUUGCCAUUGAUGAAAUAAACAACAGUACGAAUUUACUUAAUGGAAUAAAUCUCGGAUGGAAACUCUUUGACACUUGUGACACAACAUCAAGGGCUGUCACACAAGCGAUGACAAUCGCCAGAGAUCAUGCAGGGAAUACUACGUCUAGUGUUAACGUUGUCGUAGGACCCACAAGUUCAGAUAAUUCUGUUGCAGUUGCCAAUAUAUUAGGCGUAUUUGAUAUUCCACAGAUAAGUUACGGAUCAACCAGCAGAACACUGAGCGACAAAGUAAAUUACAACUCUUUUCUCCGAACCAUACCCAAUGACAACGAACAAGCAACGGCGAUAGCCGACUUAUUGGCGUACUAUAACUGGACUUGGGUCGGUGCUAUUGCUGGUGAUGAUGAGUACGGGAGACCCGGAAUUACUAAGUUUAAAGAGGAAGCCGGAAACAGAGGAAUCUGUGUAGAGUUUGUCGAGUAUAUUAGUAAGGGAAUGAAAGAUCACGAGAUCCAUGAGGUUGCCGAAAAAAUUCAAAAUUUCAAUGCGACCGUGUUCGUCCUGUUUAGCAGUGGAGGCCAUCUUACAAGACUUGUCGCCAAAUUAAAAGAACUCGGAGUCCGUGAUAAAAUUUGGAUCGCGAGUGAGGCCUGGGCAACGUCAAGAAAAAUGUUGGAGACUGGAGGUUCAAUUAUGCACGGAACUCUUGGCAUAACCACAAGAGGCGGGCCGAUGAAAGGAUUUCGGGAAUUCUUGGAAUCGGUAUCGCCAUCAACCCAGCCAACAAAUCCCUUCAUUACGGAAUUCUGGGAGAAAACCUUUCACUGUGCUUGCAUGUCUGAUGUUUGUACAGCACCAGAAGCUUCGAGAAAAAAAAGGGAAAUUGAAGUUACAACAUCCCUGCCACCAUGUACUGGCGAUGAGGACUUCUCAUCGGUGCCUGAUAACCCGUAUCUGCAAUGGACAGAGAGUGAGUUGGAGAAGAGUUACACUGCUUAUCUUGCAGUGUAUGCAAUUGCACAUGCUCUUCAGAACAUUAGAUCUUGCAUUAAUGGAUCUGGUUUACUGAAGGAUGGAAAAUGUCCAGAUAUCUCAACACUUGAACCUUGGCAGUUGUUGUCCUACCUGAAACAAGUUGAAUUCCAAUCACCGGGUCUGGACGAAAUGUUCGGAUUUGAUUCAAACGGAGAUCCAAACGCAACAUACAAAUUAGUAAGUUGGGUACCAGUUCCGAAUGGAACCUCAAAAGAUGAUGUUGAGUUCGUUCACGUUGGAAAUUAUUCUAAAAAGAAGUCGAACCCAUGGUCACUAAACACUGGAGCAAUUUUCUGGCAUGAUGGUAACGGAACACAGACGUCGGAGAUACCUAUAUCAAUCUGCAGUUAUCCGUGUGAGCCAGGAUUUUAUCGAGUCAAACUAGCUAGUGACUGUUGUCACAAAUGUAUUCCUUGUCCAAUUGGCGAAUACAGUAAUUACACCAACGCUGAUGUCUGUAACAAAUGUCAUAUAACGGAAAUGGCGAACGAAAACAGGACACAUUGCGUUUCAAAGCCAGAGGACUAUAUGAAAUGGGACGACGCUUAUGGAAUAACUUUUGCUUGUCUUAGUACAUUAGGUGUUGCACUAACUCUAUUCACAGCAGGUAUCUUUUUCUGGAAACGCCAAACUCCAAUCGUGAAAGCAACGAACGUCGAAAUUAGUUUCCUGUUAUUUCUUUCUCUAAUAUUUUGUUUCGCCACACCGUUCAUUUACAUCGAAAAACCACAAGAUUGGACUUGUCGUGGGAGGCAGAUAUCAUUUAUUCUCUCAUUUACCUUCUGUGUUGCAUCAAUCCUUGUUAAAACUCUCCGAGUACUGACGGCAUUUCAGACAACUAUGCCUUUGAAUUUUCGAAAAAGAAGUCGAUGGCUUGGUGAACAUCUCCAAAUUCUCGUCGUUCUUCUGGUAGCUCUAGUUCAAGUGGCAAUAUGUGUAACAUGGCUUGUGGUCGACCCACCUGACGUCAAAGUAGAUUACGACAUUGAUACUGGGAUUCAACAAAAUUAUCCAAGAGUCACAGAAACGGAUCCAUUUGACAGAAUUCUGGUUGUCUGUGACCCCGGAAGUUUGGCGCUGAUGAUAUGCUCCCAAGCUUAUCUCGCUAUUCUAGCUCUCAUUGCCUUCAUUCUUGCUUUCCGGGCAAGGAAACUUCCGGAAAACUUCAAUGAAGCGAAAUUUAUAACGUUUUCAAUGUUGAUUUUCUUCAUCGUUUGGUUGUCCUUCAUACCCGCGUAUUUAAGCACAACAGGUGUGAUGAAGACGGCUGUUUAUUGUAUUGGAAUACUUGCUUCCACGUUUGGAAUACUUGGUUGCAUAUUCUUCCCCAAACUUUAUAUCAUAUUAAUUUCUCCAGAGAGAAAUACUACAGAGAGAGUACGAAUGAACACUGUAACUCACGCAUUCCGUUCAGCAUCGAGAUCAGUUAUUUAUCAGAUCAACACACAGAAACAAAGUAAUGGGACAGAUUCAACAUCUGCAGAUUCGCGACUUCGAACAGAAUUAGAUUCUAUAAUUUCAAAGUCGAGAUCUACACCUUACACACCGUCCCCGUGUCUUUCAAGGGCAAAGAGACAGGCCACGUGCGACGAUUCAAAGAAACGAACUCCUGCUUCAAAGUGGAGAUCAGCAGUUAAGAAAAACAAAGAGUACAGCAUAGAAAUUAAUGGCAAAAUGACGUCAUCAGUGACGUCACCCGCAAGAAAAAAUAGCGGGAAAGAAAAAGAACAGGUGAAAUCACGUUUCGACGUUACAUUACAAGUUAAUAUCGCACCAGAUUCAGAAGAGACUUCGUCCGAAGUUGAAACACCAAAAAGCGAGGACAAAAUGCUUUCCGAGACAGACGAACAGAGCACAGACGAACACGAAGUCAAGCACAGCAAAAAGAAAAACUAUCAAAGAAUUCCAUUAAGUGAAACGUCGGAUACCGGGAGUCGAAAUUCUUUGAAAAAAUCGGAAAGUUUCAAUUUUUUCGCCAAACAUAUUCAAAGUGACGUCAUAAACGAUAACACGACAAAUAAAUUGAACGUUUAUCAUCACACAAGAUCGUCAUCUGCGUGAUUUUGCCGUCAAAUCUCAAUUUCUAUUUUUUGGGGGUUUUGCACAUUAAAUCCUCAAAACAAGUGUGCCCGAAAUACAUUUCACAUUGACUAACGUUUCAACCUGGUCCUUAAUUGUUUCCAAUCUAAAAUAUUACCAUAUUUCAGUGAAUUUAUUACAGUAUUCGGAUUUGUCGGCCAUUUCUCUCAUUUUGUUCUUUUUUGGAUUUUACAUACAGAAUUUCUGAACAAGUACGGCAGCAGUAAAUUUCACAUUGACCGGCAUUCCAAUUUGACCCCUAGUUUUUCCAGCUUACAUUAUCGGCAAAAUUUCAUUGACUUUUUUAAAUACAGUAGUCAGAUUUUAUCGCCAUAUUGCAUAUAAUUUAAAAUGUGAAUGAAAUAUGGGGAAAUUCAAUGAAAUAUAUUACCCAUUCAAGUCACUGUAUGAGAUGAUAUUUAUCGCCUCUAUUUUUAAUGUAAUUUACUUUUUUUUAUCAUUUGUUUUUGUUUUCAUUUUUUGAUUUUUAAACCUAAUUUAAACUGAGGCUAUUGGGAUAUCCAUACAGUGGAAUACUAAUUCUAUUUGGCUAGUUAGGGGAACGGUUCUGACUUUUGAAUUCCUUGACACGAUGAGCAGUGUUAUUUUUUUAUUCAAAAAGAUAGAAAUGUUGGGGGGGUGGACAACGUUCCCUCUAAGAGCUUGCUUAGUUGCGCGGAAUAGAAGGCCAUGUGAGCUUCCAAAAAAAAA